GAAGCGUAAUGAUAAAAUGGAGUACACAUUUCUACAUGCAGUAGCUACGCGAAUUUGAAACGAGUGAUUUUCGGUAAACACCGAACAUCUAGCCAUUUAGAAUAAGUAAAAAUCGCGAAAAUGGUGUGAGAAGUGCGCCGCGACAAACAGAACGCGUGUGCAGAAUAGAUAGAUGUGACCGGAAUUUUAGAUAUCUCGGGACGCAAAGUUUUUUCGGUAGGAGUGAACCCGAACCCACGGACACACGGCAGACUUUCGGUAUCCAUGUAAACAAAAAGGAACCUAGUUUCGAUAAACCUAAAUCAGAGACGAGAAUACUAAACUGGAAGUGAUUUGUGCGGGUGAACCGAUCGAUACCGAAUUUCGCGUUCUGCCGCCCCCUUAUAAUGGUAACCAUUUUAAAGAUGACGUGAAUGAGAUGAACAUCGGGAGGUCGCUAUGUGUCGCAUAAAGCGAUGGACUCGUACGAUUUGUUCGGGGAAGAUGGACCUGGAAUGCUGGAGGGUCUGCCCGACCUCGGGAGCAGCGAUCACUUCGACCCUACGGUGACGGGAGCGCGAGAUGCAACAAACAACUUCGCACAGCCCAAUUACCCUCAGGAAACUCCAUUGCAGAAACUGGCUUCCUUCGGCGGCACUGACUUCAACAACCAUAUGGAUCCAAACGCUCAAAGUGUCUACGCCCAGCAAGGGUACGGUACUGAUCGCCCGAUGGGACCGCCCGGUGGCGCUUAUCAGCACCAGAGGCAAAUGGCUCGACCACCAGUGCCACCACAAGCGGCAUCUUCACAGUAUCCGGGCUAUCAACCUCAGGAUAAUUCCAUGUACUCGAUGCCCGAUCACCAAAUGGGAGGAAUGGGAGACACCGCAAGUAUGCAAGCGGCUGCAGCCGCUUGGGGACAACACGCUGGAUAUCCCAGUAUGCACCGAUACGGACAAAUGGCUGGAUAUAGACAACAAAAUAUUUCUUACGGUCAUCAACAAGACCAACAAAAGCAGCAGUUCCCACCAUCGCAACAUCCCAUGAUGCAGCAGCCGCACCAAGCGAGUGGCUACCCCACGAUGCAACAAAGACACGCCCCAUCGCAUUAUACCCAAAACACUACUUAUCCCGGAGCCACAUCGGCUCAGGGCUACGGAAAUUAUAUGCAUCAGCGGAUGCCACAUCAUCAUGCACCACAAUAUCCGCAAACCCAUCACCAAAUGGAUAUGAACGUUGCGUCGCAAGCUCAGCAGUAUAACCACAUGACUCAUGGACAAAAUCUUGCCGGCCAUAUGCCACAAUCUCAUCCAACGCAUCCACCUCAAACGCACAGCACACCUAGUGCUACUCAGAAUCCAAUGGCCCAUCCGGGAAUAGCUUACGGACAACAUCAAACGAUACAGUCGAUGCAACGUCCCAUGGACAUGCCGCCCAAUACGCAACAGUUUGCCGCUAAACACAGCACUGGUCCGAUGGGCAACGCUAGCCCUCAAUAUCGUGCGCCGUUCCCCCAACUAUCUCCUCAGAUGUCUCCGAGACCGCAAAUGUCUCCAAGGCCACCUGCGCCGCAAAUGUCUCCACGACCUGUCAUGUCUCCAGCGAAACCAAAUUUGUCUCCGCACCCACAAAUGCAACAAACAACUCACAGUCCAAGACCUGCUACGAGUCUCACGCCAAAGUCAUCGACGACGUCUCCCGCGUCCGUUUCGCAGUACGCUCAGCAGCAGAGUACGUUACAAGCACUUGAACAAAUGGUUAUGCCCCCGUCUAGCACCACAGCUACGGAAUAUCCUACGUAUCCAAGAAAUACGCUAGGACCACCGCCAACGUCUCAAAAUCCACUAUCUCCUAUGAGUAUACGAUCCGGAAUGUCCGAUCAACAGCAGCAACAACAACAGCAGUGGGCAACUCAGCAACAACAAAGGUCAUCUCAUUUGUCUAGUAUGAAUGGCAGUAUGGGUUUAUUGGACUCAAGCCAAAUUCCAACCAGUCAAGGGAUUCCUUCGAAUCAAGGAAUGCCCACGUCGCAGCAGAAUAUGGCACAGGUCCAAAGUGUAAAUACAGUACCAACGCCUACGAUGCAAAAUACUCAAAGUAUGCACAUGUCUUUCUCAACCGAUGAUUUACGAAGUGAUAUUAGUAACAAAACUCCGGUACCGAUUCCCGAAAUGAGUAUGUCUCGAGAUAAUUCGUUACAAAGCCCAAUACAUUCUCAUCAGCAACAAUCUACGCAACAUUUGAUGCAACAGCAUCUAACUGAUUUAAAUCAGGUUCAAUCUCCAGCAUCAACUAGCAUGCCUGACAAAUUACCUAGCAGUACUACAAAUACAGAUGUUAUGAACAUCUCAACAAGUAUGUCUUUGUCUACGUCUCAUCCGCCGACGCCGACGCCAUCUUCAACAACGGACGACCAUAACACUAAUUUGGACAAAUGUCUUCCAGUAACUUGCGAUUCUAUUAAAUCAUUGGAAGAUAGCAACAGUAGCAAUUCUUUACAACCGUCGAUUCAACAGCAACCGACUCAGAGCCAAAACAGCAACAGCAGUUUUGACUUUAGCAAUGUCGCUAGCUUAUCGAUGUACGCAAACAGUCAAACUCAAAAAUCAAAUAAAUCCGACGAGUUAAUGUCUUCAAACGUUCCGUUAUAUAGUCAGGAUAAUUCUAUGCAUUCUGAAUCAAGCACGGAUAACCAAAUUACAACAUUGGGUGUUACUCAAUCGCAAGUAACGCCCACAAAUACUUUUUCUCAAAAUCCACAAACACCUUCAACUGUUUCGACUACCCAGUCCCAAUCGGAUUUAACGUCUCCAUUAAUAAAUUCGACGAUGGCACAAAGCCCUACAGCUCAAACCUCUCCGUUAACACCGGUUCAACAACUAUCAAGUUCCGCACAAAACCAAGUACAACCAAAUUCGGUAAAUCAGAACAUGACAAUGGGUAUUUUGGAAAAUCAAGGCCAAAUUCCACCUUCAACUACUUCCAUGAACACAUCCACCACUUCCAUUAAUCAACAAGCACCGGGAAAUUUGAACCAACUUGCCCCGAAUAAUCCAUCUUUGGUACCACAAAUUGCUCCAACGCCGCAUAAUCAAAUAACAAUGCAACAUGGUGUACCACCGAUGCAAACCAGUGGUAAUUUAACACCAUUGGGAACCAUGACUUCCAUACCACCAGCAACCCCUCAACAGACAUCUCUUUAUGACACAGCUCAAAUGAUGAAUUCAAUAGGUCCACCAAUACCUCCUCAUACAAUGAACAUUACUCAUCAGAGAAUGGGAUCGAUUGGUGCAGGAAUAAUGCCCACGAUUUUACCUAGUCAAGAAAUCGGUUAUCAACCCCCGAUUAGUCAUCAUCAAGAAAGAGCUGCUUUACAGCAACAGCUACAAGAAUUAUAUUGUAUGCCGCCUGGGCAAGAACAUCAAGAUAAAAUUCUUCAUUUGCAAGAAAGGUUAAAUAUUCUCACUCAACAUGAAAAUACAGAACAAUGUAAUGGUGGCCCGCAAUGUGUUCUUCAAAGUCCAUUGUUUACAUCUCCAAUGAUCGAUAGUCCUCAAGUAUCGAGUACAACAGGAAGAGGUCGAGGAAAAGGAACACCAAGAACUAAGAAUAAAAGAGGAAAGAAAGGCGAGAAAACUUUAUCGCCAAUAAAUACAACACAACCAACUAUUGAUACGACUGUAGUGGCACCUCAGCAAUUACCAGUUUCUGAAGACUGUGUAACACCAGGUGCCGGUUUAACAAUUCCUUCUGGUGAACUAACAGACAUAAAUGAUCCAGGUACGGAUUCGUUUUCAGGUGACGAAACCACCGAUAAAGUCAAAAAGAAAACUAGAAAAACAAGGGAAUCUAAAAAAUUAAAAGAAAAAUGUAAAGAACCUAAAGUUCCUAAAUCAUCAAAAAUAACUAGAGAAAAACGUAAGAAAGAAUUAAAAGAUCCAAGUACACCAAAAAGAAAAUACGUUCGUAGAAAAGGAAAAGAAGGUUCAUUGGAUGAUUCUGCUUCUGAAGAUAAUAACAAAUCUUUCGAAGUAACAGAGGAAGUCGAAACUUCCAAUAUAAUAGAGAGCUCUCAAAAUGUAGAAUCGAGCGAAUCUGUACCAGAAUCCACUAACGCUGAAGAUGAUUGCACACCCCAGGCGGAUUCUCAAACAACAAUGGACGAAAACAUAGUAACAGAGGGUGAAGGUGAUGGUGAUAGCAAGAAAGACGAGUACGCAUUUGAAGAUAUUCAAUGUGUAGAACCAUCUGAAAAGAAAAAGGGAAGAAAAUCGAAAAAGGUAGUGGCAAGUAAAGCGAGGAAAAACGCAGCUGCUGGUGGUAAGAAAAAACGUAAAGGUGCGAUGGUUGCCGAAUCCGAUGGUGAAGGUGAAGAUUUAGCUACAACUCCACCACCAAGUCCACCGGAAGAUGAAAGUUCCACACACAAAAGACGAUCCGCCAGAAACACACAAAGAAAGAAAUAUAUCGAUGACGUCAUGUUGAGAUUUUCUGAUGAUGAAUCUCCUGUCCCAUCGAAAUCUAAGAAAAGCCAACAACCUCCACCAACACCACCUGCAGCAACAUCUGCUGGAAGUCCAGUUAAUGACACUCCUGUUCAAACAGUCGACAGUGCAAAUAAACCCAAUUUCGUUUAUAUUAACACAACGGAUGAAGAUUCGAUGGUGGUGCAACAUGUUUUAACAUCAAGAAUGGCACAAAGAGUGAAGAAAAAGCCGCCCCCUCUUCCACCAGUUGUGGAAGAAAAGAAACCAACAGAAACUGAAACAACUACAGACGAAACAACUAAUAAGGAAACCGAUAAAGAACCUGACGAAGACGAUGAAAUUAAAGAAGAACAAGAUGAUGAAGAUAAACCUCCUAACGAGAAGGAUGAUAAAGAAACGAAAGAGAAAGAAUCGGAACCUAUAAUUCCAGAUGUUAAAGAAGAGGAAGAAAUGGAGGAUGUUGAAGAGUAUUAUGUUAAGUAUAGGAAUUUUUCGUACUUACAUUGCGAAUGGAAAACCGAGGAUGAGUUGUAUAAAGGCGAUAAAAGAAUUGCUAAUAAAAUUAAACGUUUCAAACAAAAACAAGCCCAACAGCUUAAUAUAUUUGAAACUUUAGAAGACGAAUUCUUUAAUCCAGAUUACGUGGAAGUUGAUCGCGUUCUUGAUAUGGCUGAACAUGUAGAUCCUCAAACACAAGACAAAGUCAAACAUUAUUUAGUUAAAUGGAGAUCUUUACAAUACGAAGAUUGCACUUGGGAAUUAGAAGAAGAUGUUGACCCGUUAAAAAUUCAACAAUAUUUAAAAUUCAGUGCGUUGCCAACUAAAGACAAAUUCAAACCGAGGAAGAGGCCGAGUCCCGACUCCUGGACAAAACUAGAAAAAUCUCCAAUAUUCAAAGGAGGUAACAGCUUAAGAGAAUACCAAUUGGAAGGUUUAAAUUGGUUGUUAUUUUCUUGGUAUAAUGGAAGGAAUUGUAUAUUAGCGGAUGAAAUGGGCUUAGGAAAAACCAUUCAAAGUUUAACACUAUUACAUUCAGUUUGUGAGUAUGGUAUUCGAGGCCCAUUUUUAGUAAUAGCUCCAUUGUCUACAAUUCCAAAUUGGCAAAGAGAAAUAGAGAGUUGGACAGAUAUGAACGUGAUUGUGUAUCAUGGCUCGGCCGCGAGCAGAAAUAUGAUUCAAGAAUACGAAAUGUGGUUCAAAAACGAUAAAGGUCAACCUAUUAAAGAUUUAACUAAAUUUAACAUAUUGAUUACCACUUUCGAAAUUAUUGUAACCGAUUUCGCAGAUUUGAAAGGGUUUAAUUGGCGAAUAUGCGUUAUAGAUGAAGCGCAUCGUUUAAAAAAUAGAAAUUGUAAAUUACUGGAAGGAUUGAGACAAUUAACUUUGGAGCAUAGGGUGUUAUUAUCAGGGACGCCUUUACAAAACAACGUCAAUGAAUUAUUCUCGUUACUUAAUUUCUUGGAACCGAGCCAAUUUCCUAGUUCCGAAGCGUUUUUACAAGAAUUUGGAGCAUUAAAAACCGAGCAGGAAGUAAGCAAAUUACAAGUUUUAUUGAAACCGAUGAUGUUGCGACGAUUAAAAGAGGACGUUGAAAAAUCUUUGGCACCGAAAGAAGAAACGGUCGUCGAAGUUGAAUUAACAAAUAUUCAAAAGAAGUAUUACAGAGGUAUUUUAGAAAGGAAUUUUUCGUUCUUAUCAAAAGGAACAACUCACGCCAACAUACCUAAUUUAAUGAACACAAUGAUGGAGUUGAGAAAAUGCUGUAUCCAUCCUUAUCUUUUAAACGGAGCGGAAGAUCAAAUUCAAUACGAUUAUAAACAACAACACGGAGAAGAUAUUGACGCUUAUUAUAAAGCUUUGAUUCAAUCCAGUGGUAAAAUGGUUUUAAUAGACAAACUUUUACCGAAAUUAAAAGCAAACGGACAUCGUGUAUUAAUUUUUAGUCAAAUGGUAAAGUGUUUGGACAUUCUUGAAGAUUAUUUGAUGUUUAGAAAGUAUCCGUACGAAAGAAUUGAUGGUAGAAUUCGAGGUAAUUUACGUCAGGCUGCAAUCGAUAGAUAUUCUCGACCCGAUUCCGAUCGAUUCGUCUUUUUAUUGUGCACGAAAGCCGGAGGAUUAGGUAUUAAUCUUACUGCCGCUGACACUGUUAUCAUUUAUGACAGCGAUUGGAAUCCACAAAACGACUUACAAGCUCAAGCUCGCUGUCAUCGAAUAGGUCAGCAGAAGAUGGUUAAGAUCUACAGGCUCUUGUGCAGAAACACCUACGAAAGAGAAAUGUUCGAUAAAGCUUCGUUAAAACUUGGUUUAGAUAAAGCCAUCUUACAGAGUAUGAACACUUCCCAAGGUGGUAAAGAUUCGGGUAAUCGUCAACUAAGCAAAAAAGAAAUUGAAGAUUUAUUAAAGAAAGGCGCAUAUGGAGCUUUGUUAGACGAAGAGAAGGAAAGCGAAAAAUUUUGCGAAGAAGACAUCGAUAUAAUCUUAGCGAGAAGAACGCAAGUUAUUACAAUGGAAUCCGAAAAAGGAUCAACAUUUUCAAAGGCUACAUUCGCAGCAAGUUCAAAUCGUUCAGAUAUUAACAUAGACGAUCCAGACUUUUGGAAUAAAUGGGCUAAAAAGGCGGAAAUCGAUACCACAGAGAAAGACGAAACCGAAGACUUGGUUAUUUCAGAACCAAGGAGACGUACUCAAAUUAAACGUUACGGACACGACGAAAGCGCCAUCGAUAUGUCCGAACUUGAAUCGUCAUCUGAUUCGGAUAUUGAAGGCGGGGGCGGAUUAGGUUUAAGUAGAAGUAGCAGAAGAAAUAAGCAUAAAAAUAAGAAAAAGCUUUUAGAUGAUUAUGUUCCAAGAGAAGGAGAAAGAGGAGACAUUGUUUAUGGCAGUUGGGCGAGGAGAGAAUGCUUUAUGAUUGAAAGAGGAUUACUUACUUUUGGAUGGGGACGUUGGCAGGAAAUUUUAACACAUUCACAGUUGAGGAAAGGAUGGAGGGAUCAGGAUGUUGAAGACUGUGCAAGAGUUAUUCUCUUAUAUUGCUUGCGGUUCUAUCGUGGUGAUGAAAAGAUCCGUUCGUUUAUAUGGGAUUUGAUCACUCCCUCGGAGAACGGCGAGCAGAAGAUGAGGAACCAUCACGGACUUAAGGAUCCUGUACCUAGAGGUAUCAGAAAUAAGAAUAAGAAAAAAGGAAAGGAUUCCAGACAUGCUGCUCUUACAGACCCCAACCAUUGGAGCAAGAGUGAAAAGUACGACGGAGACAUUUUCUUAGAGAGCAACUACAAGAAACACUUAGGCCGCCAUGCAAACAAGUUAUUAUUGCGAGUAAGGCUGUUAUACUAUAUUAAACACGAAAUAAUAGGGGAUUUAGUACAACAUAUAGCAGAUGGUGUGAGUGCAAGUGCCCUGCCUAUUACCCCUCCCAUUACGGAACAAUUGCCAUGCAUUUGGUGGGACUCGGAGUGCGACAGGUCGCUGCUAGUCGGCACGUGGAAGCACGGCUACGAAAGCUAUACCGAGAUGCGCGCAGACCCAACCCUGUGUUUCCUGUCCCGUUGUGGUCCGCCCUCGGCCCGUGAGCUCCAGUUGGCUUCUUCUAACACGCAAACCUCCGCAACUCCACUUAACGAUGACGAUCUUGAUGAUGAAGAUACAAACGAAGAGAUGAGCGUUAAAUCUAAACAAAGAGAUUCUGAGCAGAAUUCUGAAUUUGCCGAACCUUCUCCGGGGCCUUCGGGUUCUUCCGAAACUCAACCGCCUGGCGAAGAUAUAGACGCGAUGGAAGUUGAUGAUAAGAACCAAUGGCCUUCGGUUACCGAUCUCAAUACUAGAUUAAGAAGGGUGAUUACUUCUUAUCAAAGAAAUUAUCGAAAAGAAGAACAAAAAACUACGCCUUCCUCAACAAAAAAUAAGAAUGUAGUUUGCACUGUGCAGCCGCCCAUUGAGUCCGCCCUUACCAAUCCGUUGGCCGCCCUCGCCCAAGUUUCCCAUCAGCUGGAACGUGGAGGAGACAUGUCGCAAUUGGGUCUACCUGGAUGGGAUAUUCAACAAUUGGCUUUCUAUUUACUGAAGAUGGAAAAACAACAGCUCGAGGCGCAAAAGCGCGAGAAAGAACGACCGCCUCUAUCCAAAAGAUGGACGCGCCGCGAAGAAGCCGAUUUCUUCAGGGUUGCUUCAUCGUACGGCGUGAUUUAUAAUCGAAAGAAAAAAAGUUACGAUUGGAUCAAAUUCAAACAACUUUCAAAGCUUGAAAAGAAAACCGACGAGGAAUUAACGGAGUAUUAUAAAAGUUUUGCGAUAAUGUGCAAAAAACAGACCGGGUUAAAGUCGGAAGAUGAAAAUUAUGACAACACCAUUCAACAUAUCAGCGAAGAAAAAGCGAGGAGGACACUGGAACGAUUAGAACUGCUUUCAAGGAUUCGCGAAGAAGUUAUCACAAGCCCCGAAUUGGAUGAGUGCCUUCAGGUUUGUUUAUCAUCAGCAGAUAUGCCCGAUUGGUGGAUUCCCGGAAAACACGAUAAAGAUUUAUUAUUAGGUGUUGCAAAACACGGACUUGGUAGAACUGAUUAUUACAUUUUAAACGACCCCGAUUUCUGCUUCCACGAAAUCUUAAGAAAAAAAGUAACAUCAGAGUCUCAUUCUCAAGAACACAAAGACGCUAUAAAAAUAGAAAGCACCGAAGAUAUCCUCAAAUUUGAUAAAAAUGAGAUUUUAGUGAAGCUCGAAAAAGGCGAGGGAACCUUGAAAAUAGAAAAGGUCGGUGUUAAAAAGGAAGAAAAGCUCGAAGAAAAAGAUAAAGACGAAUCUAAACAAGAAUCGUCCCCGGUAAAAACAGAAACAAUUAAAUCAGAGAAUCCAGAAGAAGAAAAAGCAAUUGAGGAGAAAGAACCGGAUGAAAACGAAAAGAAAGAUCUUGAUGAUAAAGAAACGGAGGGAAUUGUCGAUAAACCCGAAGAAGAUGUCGAAAAACUCGAAGAUAAAGAAGAAUCAAAAGAAGAAUCAAUAGAAUCGACCCCCGAAAAAGAGAACCCCCAAAAAGAAAACCCCGAAAAUUCUGACAUUAAAGAAGAAGACAAAUCAAAAGAAAAAGACGAAAAAUCAUCUACAAAAGAAGAACCAACGAAAGAUAACGAUAUCUGCUCGAAACAAGCCGCGGAAUUAAAAGCAAUGUUCCCCGACUUAGAAGUAAUUCAACCACUUUCAAGACUUUCCCAAAUUGAUACUUUUGUACUUCAAAAAGAUCCCCAUAAAAGCGGUAGUGAUGCUUUGGAUUUCAGUGAAACAACUGUAGCAAAACUUUUUAACAACGCCGUGAAAUGGCCGAAAGAAUUCGCUAUACAAGUGCGGCUUCAACACAUCAUUUACGCCCUUGAAUCCAAAGAAUGGCCGGUUUCAAAAACGUUUUCGGCUUAUGCUAGUGGAAUCGGAAAUGAAUUUGACAUUCCCAUUCAUGAAAUUCCGAAUGAAACCCCAAAACGGGAUAGUUCGACUCCAAUGACAACCGGAACAGAUACCGAAGUUAUUACAAUAACUACUGAUAGUUUGAAUAGAAGUAAUGCUGCAAAGAAACGGGGGAAAAGACAUAUCGCGAUUGAUGUUGAAACUGACAGGGCGAAGUUGCACGCAUUGUUGAAUAACACCCAUGGGUUGCAAAAUCCUAUGUUAAAACAUGGUUGGGGCGAUAACGAUGAUAGUGAAGAUUCUAGGAGAUCAACUCCGAUUUCUAAUACGAUGCAACCACCUCCCGCGCAUCAACAUAGUUCUUCUACGGCUUCGAGGUUAUUACAUUUUGAUCCUAAAUAUCCUAUUGCUAAAACUAUUGGGCAAACAACGGUUAUUCCGGGUACAAGUAGUACUUUAACGCCGAUUGACUUAAGUUCAGGGCUUGGAAAAUCUACGUCUAUGGAUUGCUCGAAAUCUUCGAUGCAAGAUAUGCAAAAUGAAGUUCAAGACUUUUCAAUGCCAUCUAAAAAGCAACAUUUACAAACUGCGGCUUCUACAUCAAUUAUUUCGUCAAAAGCUACCAAUAAACUCGAUGAUACUUUGUCGAAAUUAAUGAAAAGAAAAAAUUGCCCUGAACCUGAACACGUAAUUGGUAAAGAAAAGAAACGUCGUAAAUUAGAUGAAAUCGUACUAGGACUAUCAGCAGCAAAGGAACAAUCAUUAUUCCCAGACACAUCCAAGAAAGUUCCAGUAACCCCAAGCGUUACAGUAACUCCAACCUCAGUUCCAGUAACAACUCAUGCACCAACUCAAAAACCAUUCACGAUAACAGUUACUUCAGUUCCGUCAACGUCCCAAUCGAGCACUCGACCGCUUCAAAACAUUUUACCAUCAACACCGGGUUCGUCUAAAGAUACCUCGAGUUUUUCAAGUUUCUUAGCGCAGGCGGAACAACAAAAUUUACUUCUCAAGAAGCAACAACAGCAGCGAAAAAGUUACGAAGCGAUGAUUGCCGAUAUUAGUAAAGUAACUGAUUACAGCUCGAAAGUAAAUUCGUAUUCUCACGAAGCGAAAGUAAACAAGUGGUUGGCCGAGCAAAAUGCGGCGCUUGCUGAACAACCUUUGGGUCCCGAUUAUUUGGCGCAAAGAAGGAGACGGCCGCGAAUUGAUCCGACUCUUUUAGAUUGGCGGAAAUUAACUGGCGAUGAAAACGUUUCAGUUAUUAAUAGGAUGACGGGGAAGAAAUUAACGGGACCAAAAGCUCCAACUUUGAAGAGGUUAUCUCAAUGGUUGAUGGAGAAUCCUAUGUAUGACAUUGAUCCCAAAUGGUCUGAAUUGGUGAAGGAAAGGGGGAAUUUGAGUAAUGAUCUACAAAAGAGGUUAUCUGCAAAUGCUAGUAUUGCGGGAAGUAGUAGUACUACGACUAGUACAAGUGGAAGUGGUAGCAGUAAAAGAGGUACGCCUGGAAGACCGCCUGUUUUAUCCAGUCCAACAGGUUCAACAUCUAGUGUUGGGUCAACCAAUUUGGCAACAUCCAUGGCUUCAAAUUUAAAUUUCCCGGGAUUAGGUUCAAACUUAAGUGGUUUAAAUUCAAGUUUACUCUCUGGUUUAUCAGGAUUAGGACAAUUCGAUCCAAAGAAUCCCCUCUUAAUGCCGUUUGCUGCGGGAAUGCCAAAUAUGAACGCACUCUCUUCAAUGCCCGGUUUAAAUAACUUAACCAACAUUAACUUAUUUGCAAAUCUGGCAGGAUUGGGAUUACCUGGCCUAACAGGAAUGGAUCCUGCUUUAGCAGCUGCUGCAGCGGCCGAAACGACUACUAAACCACCGUCUAAAGGAAAACAACAAAAACCGGCGGAAGCUCACAGCUCAAGUAAACCAUCGACAUCAACUUCGAGUUCGAUUCCAACGACGAAUCCUUUCCCAUUUUUCUUCCCAAAUCCUGGUCUUUUGUAUACACCUCUUGGUUUGGGUAACUUAAACCCGUUUUCGUUGCAACCUGGGAUGGCGUAUGAUAUGUUAGCUCAACAAUCGGGAUUAUUAAAUGGAAAUCUUAACCCGGCUGCUUCACCUAAUUCAAAUAAAUCGGGGAAAUCAUCUUCUUCAAAGCCUUCUUCAACAGCAACGACCACAACAAGUUCUUUGGGUAAAGCGCCUAAACCUUCCUCUGUUACAAGGGACGCACACCAACAACAAUUACAGCAAUUAUUAUUGCCUCAUGAUACGCAUUUAUUGGAAAACUUAUCAAAAAUGACUGGAGCUUUAGAUCCGCAUAAAUUAACAACCAGCAGCAGUAAAAAAGACGAUAAACGGAAAGCUUUAGAGAAUUUAAGAGGAAUGUUGCCGACCGAUUUUACAAUAACUUCAGAUAAAGUAAAAGAUAAAAAAUCGGCAACAACUCCAACAAUUCCUGGUUUAGCAGAUUUUAGUAAAUUGUUUGAUAGUCCCAUGUCUUCGAAAAAGUUCCAAGAACAACAUAUGAAGGAAACUUUAGAACAAAUUACGAAAACGAACGAAUACUUAGCUAAAGCUAUGGCAGAACAACAACAACAUCAACAAAUGUUAGCUAACGUUAGCGUAAGCAAUAAAAGACCAAGAGAAACACCAGAAAAAGAAUCGCCAAUUCAAAGUGUCCCAUUACCUGCUGUUCAACCACCUCAGCAUCAAAUCCCUUCAAUUCAUCAGGAAUUACAACCCCAACAACCACAACAACAACAGCAACAACAACAACAUUGUGAUGAUGAACCGCCAACGAAAAAGUUUAAAGAAAUCGAAAAUAUUGCCCUCAAACCACAAGAAAUUAUUCCACCGAAUCCAAUAAUUCCACCAAACGAUCCUAUUCAAAAUAGUAUGGAUAUUGAAAGUUUAUUACCGCCAUCCACAGUCGUAACAAGAAACGAACCGGAAAUUGAUGAUAAAAAAGAAGUAGUUGAAAUGGAAAAUCAAGAAGUAACAAAAGAGAGUGAACCUCACGAAAUAAUAGCCACCCCAAUGCUUGAAAAGCAGGAAAUAGCAGAAGCUUCUCCCAAAAAAGGGGUAAAACGUCGUGGUAAACGUAAGUCUGGGGAGCACCCCAUCGAUCCAGAAUCAAUACGAGAAAAGAAAAAUUUGCGAUCAAGCGCAAGUAGAUCAGCAGCCGCGGCUGCUGCUCGAGCUGAAAGGGAACAAGCGGCCGCCAAACUAGAAUCAGAAAACGCCCUACGAGCACAAGAAAAACUACAACAGCAGCAACAAGACUCUUAAACUUAAAAAAAUUUGUGCGCAAAAAAUUUUCCGUUUUAGUGUAGAUUCUUUUCCGUCUCUGUGGGUGUUUUGUGGUGAACUGUGAUAGAAUUCAUCGACUGACGCUUAAAAUAAGUGUAUAAAAAGAAAAUGAUUCAUUGAAGAGAAAUGUUAGUAUGUAACGUAAACGGAAAAAGAUUUUAAAGUAAAUUCCGUUUCGUUAAUUUCCCUUAAAAAUUAUAAAGAAUAAGGUUAUAAAAAUGGCUUAGUUGAGAAAGGCGAAAAGUUACGCUUCACACGCGCAUGUACUCCCUUCAUCCCCCUCGAACGGUUAAAACAAGUUCUUUAGCGAGUAAUUUUAAACUAUAAAUAUAAAUAAAUACGUAGGAGUAUUCAAUGACUAUUGUAAUCAAAUCGUAAACGAUCCUGUAUUUUAAGGUAAUAAUUUUUUUUAAUUUGUACUUGACUCCUCGAAUCCAAGUGUUUAUUUCUUAUAUUAUUUCGAAAGUUUUUUUACAUUAUGGUGCAUAUUUUGCCUUUUUUAUUUUUAUGGUAAAACUUCCAUUUUUUAAUUUUUAUUAUAAUUAUUUAUGAUUUUUUUUUGGUCAUUUUAGUCCAAAUCUAAAAAAUUAAGGAGAGUUUAAUAAUAAAUUUGAUUUUUUUUUUCUAACAAAGGUUUGGACUACACGCGAUAAUUGUUAAAACUUUUAAUACAUCGUUUUUAUCGUGUAUUUCAAUCUACUUUAAGUAUAAACGUAGUUUAAUUAUAUUAUCUGUAAAAUUGUAAUACAUUGGAACUUUGUACUAAAGGACAACUUGACUAAUGAAAAAAGUAAAAAAUAAAAAGUAAACUUAAAAUUAUUUUCAUUGUUACUGCGUAUAAAUAAAGAAAGGGCAGUGGUGAAAUUAAUUUUAUUAUAUUGAUACAAUUAUUAUCAUAAAUAGUACACUAAAAAUAACAUAUUCAUCGCAAGUUAUGUACCAUACGUGUAGAAAGAUCAAAAAAACAUUUAAAAAAAAAUGUGAAAACAAAAAAAGUGUUGUAACAUGUUUUUAGUUGAUUACUCUUUGUAUAUAUUCACUGAUGGGUAUAGUGUUUAAGAGUGUUCUUAGUUCUUUUUCUUAUAUAAACAAAAAGUGUGAAAAAAAUAUGUAAAUAAUACUUUUAGCAUUUUACUUUCUUUUUUAUUUAAAGAAAAACAAGAAAAGAAAAUAAUGAAAAAAACAAAAAGUGAGCGUUUCGUAGUUGUAAUAAGUCUGAGUAUUUAUUAUUAUAUAGGUUUACACUGUUUCUGUGUCUCGAGUUUUUGCGUAUUUAUUUCGAAUCUGCAUUUAAUUUUUAUUUUCAUUCUUUAUUAAUUUUUUUUUGAAAUAGAUCUGUUGUCAUCUAUAUACGACUUAUAUACACGUACGAUAAUGGUAGCUCUCUCAUUUACUUGUUAUAAUGUUCAUAUAGAUAAUUAAACUAUCUAUACAAUA